AUGCAACCAAGAUCAAUUACAUUAUUACAAAAAAUAGAUCAAAUAGUAGAACAAAUCCUAAUUAAAUUUAAUGAUAUUUUACAAACUUUCAUAAAUGAAGAAAAACCAAAAGAACUCCUAUCUAUAGAAUCAAUAAGUAUUGAAAAUAACGCAAUUCAAAUAAUACGAUUAUGUCAAGAUUUAUUAAAUAUAAGUAGACAAUUGAAAGAAAUUUGGGUAUUAAAUAGUAUCAAAAUUAAUGAUGAUGAAAAAUUAAAGAUGACUGAUGAUGAAGUUAAAGAUAUUUUUAAAAAAUUUAAUUUAUUAACUGAUAAAAUUGCACAGUUUGAAGAUGGUAAUAAAUUGAGUCAGGAUGAGUGA